CAGGGAAAGGUGGUUGCGUGUAAACGCCGGAAGACUGCGCGAUAUACCCAGUUUUCAUUCGGUUACGACGACCGCGGGGUGGCGGCAAUAGUAAUCGGGAAGCCAUCAUUUCCGUUUACCCAAAGUGUAGAACGUCGGAAAAACUUUUCGGAAUAACUGACAAUUUAUCCGCCAGAUUUAUACUAUUUUUUUUCUUAAUCGGGCUGUUCUCUAUUGCGAUAGACGCGUGACUGAACAGUGCGACAACCUCUCGGAUGUGAUAAUCGAGUAGGCAUGACCUGGGUAAACACGUACAGAGGAAGGUUCGAUUGAAGAAGUUUUCGCGUAAAGGGAUCGAAGUCAUGCCAGGUUCAUCGGUGAAUCGGUGGUGACCUUGAGUCCCUUUCUUGCCAAGCCGAAACACAGGAAAUCUCGUGGUGCGCCGACCCUCGAUGCUUACGUUACGCCUGGUGUCGACGCAUUUUUUGAAGCAGCCAUAGGAAGUGCCCUUCGCCUUAACGGAAGGGCGACACUUGUUUUAUGAUGUGCCGUGAUUGGGACAUGAAACUGGGACUCGUUGAUUUUCACGUUUUCAAGUUUUUCAAUAAGUCAAUCGCGUGAAAUUCGAUAACGUUAUUAAAUACUCGAGCCUUUUAUAUUGUGGAGAAACCGCAAAGUCCUCCCGAAAGUCGGGCAACGUCGCUGCAGAAGGCGAAUCAAACGUCGCUCGUUUUUUUCGCACUCGAAUUUAUUUCAUUCGAUUCAAAUAUUUCCUCGUUUAUCGCUCGUCGAUAGAGCGUCACCGACGCGCUCUUUUGCUCCUUCAAGAUCGUGCAAAACGUUGAAGAAAAAAAAGAGGAAAACAGACACACACACACACACACACACACACACUGAGGGGAAACGAGAUUUCGUGCUUAGAAGCGAAGAUACAUCGUCGUCGGGGCAAUUUCACUGUUGCGAGAAAAACCGCAGGCCGACCGGGGGUAGAAAAUCGUUCGAUCACAGGUGCCGUUUUCUACGGCUUCCAGACUGAAUUCAGCAUAUAUCAAUCUGUGGAGAGUUGCGAGAGAGUGUAUUUGCGGCAGUGGGUCGCGGUGCAGACGAAGUGGGAUGAGACGCCCUCAGCAAGAUCCUUUUCAUCACCAUCACCAUCAUCACCAUCAUGGUUCAUCUUCAAGUCCUUCUCGAACUCGCCAACAAGCAAAUGACAAGGACGAGUCCCGUCUGGCGAGAGUAAAGCGUGUACUCGCUGGUUCGCUUCUCGGACGUGGCGGAAGUUCGAGUCGAGUAUUUGGUGCAAGGCUAGACCUCGUCGAGUCUUAUCUCGACACGGGGGUGCCUUACGUGGUGCAUCGUUUGUGCUCGUAUAUCGAGAUCAACGGAUUUCAAAACGCUUCCGUUUUUCGUCUGUCCGGUGGGAGCCCGAGAUUGACGGAGCGUCUUAGAACCGCUUUCGAACGUCGUGGCGAUGCCGAUCUCGAGGCUGCGGCAUGCCCCCCAACCGCUGCCACCUUACUCAGGCAGUAUCUCAAGGAACUGCCCCAACCUUUGGUACCUUCCACACUCGUCGGAAGUCUCUUGGACGUUCACGAACAAGAAUUCGAGAGCAAUCGGGAGAUGUGGAUCGUCGAGACGAAACAAUUGUUCGAAACUUUGCCACCGUCGCAUUAUCGGCUGUUCGGAUAUCUAGCAAACUACCUGAGCAAAUACGAGGCUAGACAUGGUCGAAGUUCUGGCGUUUGCGGUGUUUUUGCACCUGUCGUAUUGCCCCACGUUCCGCCAGCGACAACAUUGUUGCGUGACAUUCUCGCCGAAGCAUCGGAUCUCUUUCCAGACUGCAUUCGCAACAGCACGAGCUAUCCGGUAAUAGCAAACGAGUGUAAAGCCUGCCGUCGUGAGUCAAGCAACGACGAUAAAACGACGAGGGAAACGGACAGGACGUCAUUGCUUUGCGCGCUGAAACCGCGCAAACGUAAGGAACGUCGAGAGUCCUGCUGCCAGGAGAGAAAACUCAUCAGGAGUAACAGCGAGGAACGUAUUUUAGAAGGAACGACUAAUGUAGCCGAGUCGAUCCGUCGGGUUAGCAGUCACGAGGAUUUCAACACCGAGCAACAUCAUCAUUUGCUGUCUCAAACAUCGCAAGACAUGGGGCACGGAGUGAGAUGCAGUGGUUUACCACUUAACGAAAGAACAAACGUCUCGCCGAUAUCGAUGAAACCGUCGCCGGUACCGUCACCGUCUGACGCUAUUGUUCCCGCUGAGAGAUUCGAAUGCGAUGUCGAGAGACUACGUAGCAGCGAAAGAUUCUCUCGGAGCAUCGCACCGCGUGGACGGAGACAGGGGAGACGCAGGAAGGUUCACAAGGGACUUGAAACUGAUCAAAAUUCUACAAAGGAAAACGAAGACGAGUCCGAUGGCGUGUAUGCAGUUUCGCCUGGUUCGAACAAAUCGAACUCGAGUGGGCAAAGCUUUCUUGAAAUGCUCAGCAGCGGGCCGAGCAGAUCACCAUCCCCUGUACGUGCACAUCUUCUGGACCGUGAAGAUCUGAACAAUCCUGUGCCGACCAAUUGGAGUUUUCAACAUCGAUCGGGAAGCGAGGAAGAAACAAUAUCACGAGUUGAAGCAAUGCUGUCACCGCGGAACUCGUUGCUUGUGCCACGACGAUUUUACUCAGAAACCGACGACCCACCUAACGUCCCAAAUCCGACGGACAUUGGACUAAAAACUCUCACAAAGCACAUAAAUGGCCUGAAAAAGAAGAUUAAAAAAUACGAGGAAGAGUUCGAAGAGAAUUUUGGUUAUCGUCCGAGCCACUCGGACAAAAUGAGUAACCGUGACAUAAAAAGAUUGUGCGCAGAGCUGAACAAACUGAGGAAGGAGCAUAAACUACUAAAGGAAGACCCCAUCGGUGCUCUUCUUGCGAAUGCCAAUUCACGUUUGAGCAACGCCGUCACUACGACCAACAACAAUAACAGCCCCGAAAAAACAAGAGCUGCUCUCAUGGAAGAUAUGGUCAAGGAGGUCGAUCGGAAACUCUGCGAAAAACGUAUCAAGUCAAACCGCACUGACAACAUGGACGAUUUGACGUAUGAACAACUUAUGGAAGAAAAAACUGCGGUUCAAAAAGCUCUGCUUCAUAUCGAGGGCGCGUUCGGUCGACCGGUUACCAAAGAAGAUCGCGCUGUGGUUCGCCCACUUUAUGAUCGUUACAGAACUCUCAAAAGACUCCUCAUACGCGCUGGAGCUGGGAAAAACAAGGACAGCAUUCCUGAAUUGGCAACUAUAUUGGAACACGAGGCCAUGGAUUUUACUUCUUCUUCUUUGCCUGGUAGUGCAGCCGAUGGGGAGCGGAGAGCCAGCGAGCCUGACAUGUCUCACCGUGGCAUUCUUGACUGCAUCGAACCAGCUGAUCAGCUUCCAACCGACAGCGAUAGUCAGCACAGUAGCAGCGAAGGCAGUCGCGGCACCGGCGAAAGUCUUCACGCUCUGCCUCAGGAGGAACUUUUGGCCCAACAGCGAGUGACGAGAGAAGAGAAAAAGCGUCUUCGCAGAGCGCUGAAAGAGCUCGAAGCACAGUUCGAGGUUCGGGCUGGUCGCCGAAUGCAGCGAGAAGAUCGUGGACCUCACGUAACGGACGUUUAUGAAUCUUACAAACAGACUAAAGCAAAACUGCGAUUGAUCGACGCUCUGCUCGCAAAAAAUGCAUGACGGCAUAUCUAAACUGAGCCCACAAUGGUGCUUUAAACACGCGAUAAAUAAACUUUUCACAGCUAAUUCCCCAAAACAGUUUCGACGUAAAGAAAACUUACAACAAGUAAAAGAGACUUCUCAAUUUUUCUGUACAAACGUUCGUACGAUUAGACGACGAUUUCUGAAUGAUUUAUUUUGCUUUUGAUAUAUUUUUCUCAACAUCGUUAAAACAAUUUUUGAGUUUUCUCUAUUUUUACAUUUUAUGAUUGACAACGGGGCGUGUUUUUUGAUGAUGUUAUAUUUAUUUUUCCCUCGUAAAAUUUGUCACUGCGUUUCCUGACGGAAAGAGAAGAGAAAAAUGAGGUGAAAAAAUUCAAGUGAUCACCAACAAAGUUUUUAUUCUUGUAAAUAAAAUCGACCAUCGUUUCUCAUUAAUCAAGACUUGAAAGGCUAUGAAGUGGUGGAAUAACCGAGAGAUUAAUAAUAAAAUUGGAUUAUUUUGUAAUGCAUAAGUUUAACCACUCUAAGAGAUAUUACACGUUGUAAAUGUAUAAGAGUACUAUAAAAUGUUACGUCAGUAUAAAGCAUUGAAUGAAAUAUUGGAGUAAAUGAGAGAAAAUAGAGGAAGACUCGUUGAUCUUUCCGUUGUAUCGUUCGGAAAGCGAUUGAUUGAGUAAGCAUUGCAAUUCCUGAACAAAUUAGUGUUUCAUUACAACUAACAAUCGAUGUAAGUGUCAUCUUUUCGCGCAUUUUAAAUUCAGCCUUCGUCAAUAUAACAAUUUUUUAAGGAUAUUCAAAUUUUUUUCACAGACGAAGAAUUAAUUAGUGCAAAAAAAAAUUAGCUCAUAUUUCGUGCAAUACUUCACAGUAGUUGAAAAAUCAAAACGAAUUCAAAGAAUUGGAUAAAAACUUUGACAUUCAAAACUAAAUUGACUAGGAAUCAGUAACAUGUACUUUCUCAAUCGCUAUUUGGUAUGUUCACGGAUUUUUUUUUCGACGGCGCUACAGUUCAAGUUAGUCCGUUAAAAAAAACAACAUUCAUCCAACAAUAUCGUAGUGUUGCUGCAUAAACGAACGAGAACGAUCCGAUAAACAUAAUCAAUUUGAAACAGGAAUAAAAACAGCAGGAAAUAUGUGUUUUUCCUAAUCGAGCAUUACAGUUGGGGAGAAUUGCCAAGAAAAUUUCAUUUUCGAUAAACUCUGAUGAUUCGUGCUCUAUAGAUUAAGCGCAAGAAUUCAACUCUUAAUUAUAUGAAAAUUAAGUUUUUGGUAUUGCCGGCUUAGUGAUUUUCAAUAUUAACGCUGAAUGAAUAUUAACGCUCUUGAACUCCGAUAUUAAAAUACAAGAGAGAUUAUAAACAAAUCGAUCGAACCGAGAACGAGAACGGAAAGUUGUUGAAAGCGCUCUUUCGUCCACCGAUUGAUGAAAUCGGUAUAUAACUUAAAAAUAUAAAAAAAAGAAAGAAAAUGAAGAUGAAAAGAAUAAGAGAAACGAUUUUUUUAGACCAAAGCAUCAUUUAGUCUGUGAUAUAAAUAAAGGAAAAGGGAAUAUUUGUGUCGCGGGAAGACGCCGAGAUGGGCUCGUGAGUGAGCAAUUUGAGUAAAGAAGUCGAACGCUUGGAAGAAUGAAAAAAAAUCCAUUGAAGUAGUGAAGAAAGAACGAUUCGAAAUGAACCCAUCGAUCGAGUUUCUCGUGAUUGGCGAGACAAAAAUAAUUCGUCAUUCUGGCGUAUAGAUUUAAAAGUUUUAUAUUAAAAACGUUGCUUAAAACAAAUGUAUCCUCUUUUUUUUCGUAGUUUAAUAGGAAUGGCACAUCGAGGCUUGGGGAAUCACGAAAGAUUGGAAUAUCGAAAGGCAGAGGUUCUGCUCUCGACAAAAACAGACAUCAAUAGUGCACACGAAGAAAAUGCUAUAGAUGCUUUUUCGAACGAGAAUAAAACACAGAAAAUCAUGUUGCAAAAAAAAACAAAACAAACCCAAACAAUAAAACUCUUUUCCAACUAUA